GGGACCUCUACCCACUAUCUAUUCCCGCCCAACCUGUGGCCCGCACACCUUCCUUCUGCUUGUCUUUACAUCGGGCAUCGAGUACCAUGCGGCAUCUACUAUCACAAUCCUUCGUUUAUAUCCUCUUCACUGCAUUGAGGACGUCGCUUGCCUUGAACCGGACGAUCGAUGAUCAGCUUGGGGACGUCCAGACAGGGCUCCAACCCCUUUAUCGCCCAGAAGGGGCUUGGUCGCAAGGCGCAAAUUGCACUUUUUGCUUGGCUGUUGAAGGGCGAGUGGAUGUCAGCAGAGCAAUGAACGGGACUUGGCAUUCCGCUACUUACGAUCCUACCGGGGCAGACGCUUCGCCGCCCUCUGUUCAGGCGAACUUCACGGGACAUGCGGUAUACGUCUACGCGCUCCUCGCGAACAUCAUUCCGGCAGCUACAACACACACAAGCCUUUCCUUCUACAUCGAUGGCCAGUAUUCUGGUCAGUUUGUGCACAUCCCCAGUGCCGUCCCAUACCCUCAAGUCAUCGAGUAUGACGUCCUAGUCUAUUCGAACAACAAACUCUCCAACGUCGAGCACAGCAUCACGAUCGAGGCAUCCGGCACCGACUCGUCCCUCGUCCUAUUUGAUUACAUUAUGUACACGGAUAACUCUACGGCCUCGGACGUUGCUAUCAUGAUAGCUAAUCCCAGCACAUCCUCUCCUAUGAUGUCUUCGCAGUCCGCGACGUCAUCCUCCCGGAACAAGUCGCCUAUAGUUAUUGGUGUCGUCGUCGGCGUCAUAGUAGGAAUCGCCAGUGCUCUGAUCACCCUCGCCAUCGCAUUCCUUGUCAUUCGCAGGCGCCGGUCAGAUCUCCUACCGCGCUCUUGGAAGAGCAAGCGAUUUGUGCUUCCGGCAGUGAACGAUCGCCCUCCCUCUCUUCCUUCAUCCAUGCGACAUGCGUCCACGGAGUCCCUCAUCUCGGUCUCUCUUCCCACUCCGCGGACCGCAUCUCUCAUAGUCUCUUCGCUCAAUCAGAGUACGGAGGCGACGCACACUCGAGACUAUGGAGAAAUCACCUCAACCAGUCCUGACCCACCCGUGCCCAGGAAUGGCCGGGGCCGUGGUCCACCAAGACACCGCGUCGACGUCCCCGGCCCAGCCCUUUCCACCACCGGUACGGAGCAUUCCACUCGGCUCGCGGACCUCAUACAGCAGAUUCUCUCGGUGGAGGAAGAGAUACGCACGCAUCAAAACGCGAAGCAUAACGACGCCCCGAAGUACCGGCGGCCUGACGGUAGCACGUCGGUCGCUGACUUGCGAGGACGAAUACGCCAGCUGCGGGCAGAGGUGCAGAGGGAGAGGCUGCUGUUGAGCGAGGCCCUCCCAGUCGCGAAACGGUAAUGACAAUGGUGUCAAGCUAGGAUUGGUGUCAUGUCUAUGAGGGUUCCGCGACUGCGGGUUCUAUUCUCGUCCUGACGUGUCCAUAAGUCUUCAUUUUAUUAUCAUAAUGCACCUUGUCGACGCCAUGUUUACGCCGCACUGGAGGCUGAUGCGUUGUAUGUCGUCAGGCUUCCCUGUUCUGAAUGAAUUCAUUCUCUAGUCAUCGACAACACAAUACAUACGAAGGUCCUUAGUCUGGAAGCCCCAAGCAUGCAUUCAGCACAUCGUAUCUGACCCGAUAACGGUAUUGAGGACCGCAUUGCAUCCAACAGCCAUGGUGGGACAUUUGCAUUCAGUCCGCUUUGUUGCAUAGGUAGCUUCGAUCGCGUUGCCAAGUCUGACCGUCAUGUAUGAUGUGUAGACGAAGGACUAUAUUAUGAAAGUG